CGUAUUACAUUUGUCCUCCAUGAGUCGCCGUAACUUGACUAUAAAGAUUGCGUCAGCGGAAGUUCCACCCUCUUCAUCCCCUCUCUUGCAGGCUGUGCUUCAGUCCGCAGACACGGCAAGAUGCCACGCAAAAUUGAAGAAAUAAAAGAUUUCCUGCUUACAGCAAGAAGGAAGGAUGCCAAGUCCGUAAAGAUCAAGAAGAACAAGGAAAAUGUCAAGUUCAAGGUGCGUUGCAGCCGGUACCUGUACACCCUCGUCAUCACGGACAAGGAGAAGGCCGAGAAGCUGAAGCAGUCCCUGCCCCCAGGCCUGGCUGUGAAGGAGCUCAAGUAGAGGACAAUCUUUGUGUACAGUGACUUGUAAUAAAAAGAGGAAAACCA